AUGCCUUCCACAGAUAUCAAGACCUUCCUCGACUCCAAGCCCGUCAGCUUCAGAAUCCAGACUGCUGGCCGCACCUGGGCAUGCGAGCUUCACAGCGACAGACACUCUCUUGAGCGCAAGCGUGCCGCCCUUGCCGCUGCUGGUGCUUCCACACCUGACCUCGAGGGUCUGCCAAGCCUCCCCCGCACAGACUCUGGCCUGUCCAACUCCUCGUCUAAGGCUUCUUCCAUUUCCCACGGCCACUAG